AUGAAUGCCUUCAGCCUCGCGAUUUUGCUUUCUACAGUGGCCUUGGCCUUCCAGUCUUCGCCUGGGGACCUGAAAGCAAUCAUCCCAUGCGCCACAGGGAGAUCAUACUACGCUUAUCGCUGGUACGGCUGCUGCUGUGGAUCGGGAGGCCGUGGGAAGCCGAAAGACGAGACCGACAAGUGCUGUCAGAAGCAUGACUGCUGCUACGAUGAGGCCGAAAAAAAGGGCUGCAAACCCAAAAAGGACUACUACAAGUGGAAGUGUGAAGACAAAAUGGCGUCUUGUGAUGGUUUGACAGACAAGUGUGAGAAGAUACUGUGCGAGUGUGACAGAGAAUUCGGCAAAUGCCUGAGAGAUGCUCCUUACAGGUGGUAUUACGCUGUGUGGCCAAAUUGGUUAUGCGGCUCUAGAAAGUCAUGUGAUGCAUAAUGAUCCAUAGUGAUCCAUGGUGAUUGCC